AUGUGUGGCAUUUUCGGCUACGUCAACUACCUGGUGGAGAAGGACCGUAAAUUCAUCCUCGAGACUCUGAUCAACGGUCUUUCCCGUCUCGAGUACCGUGGCUAUGACUCAGCUGGUCUAGCUAUCGACGGCGACAAGAAGAAGGAGGUCUUCGCUUUCAAGGAGGUUGGCAAGGUCGCUAAGCUCAAGGAGCUCAUUGCUGAGUCCAAGGUCGACGAGACCAAGUACUUCGACUCACAUGCCGGUAUCGCCCACACUCGCUGGGCUACUCACGGUCCCCCUUCUCGUCUGAACUGCCACCCCCACAGAUCUGACCCCACUUGGGAGUUCACCGUCGUCCACAAUGGUAUCAUCACCAACUACAAGGAGCUCAAGACCCUCUUGGCCGCCAAGGGCUUCAAGUUCGAGACCGACACCGAUACCGAGUGCAUUGCUAAGCUCGCCAAGUACCUGUAUGACCAGCACCCCAAGGUCGGCUUCACCGAUCUUGCCAAGGCCGUCAUCAACGAGCUCGAGGGUGCUUACGGCUUGCUGAUCAAGUCCGUCCACUACCCCCACGAGGUCAUCGCUGCCCGCAAGGGCUCUCCUCUUGUCAUCGGUGUCAAGACCCAGAAGCGCAUGAAGGUCGACUUCGUCGAUGUCGAGUACGCCGAUGAGCAGGCUGCUCUCCCCGCCGAGGCCGCUUCCCAAAAUGCUGCCCUCAAGAAGCAGGACAACCUGUUGAACCCCAAUGCUCUGCUGGGCGCUCCUGACAAGUCACUCCUGCACCGCUCCCAGUCGCGUGCUUUUAUGACUGACGAUGGCAUGCCCAUGCCCACCGAAUUCUUCCUCUCCUCUGACCCCUCUGCAAUUGUAGAGCACACUAAGAAGGUCAUGUACCUUGAGGACGACGAUAUUGCUCACAUCCACGAGGGAUCGUUGAACAUCCACCGUCUUAAGAAGGCCGAUGGCAGCUCCAACGUGCGCACCAUCCAGACCCUGGAGCUUGAGCUCCAAGAGAUCAUGAAGGGCAAGUUCGACCAUUUCAUGCAGAAGGAGAUCUUCGAGCAGCCCGAGUCCGUUGUCAACACGAUGAGAGGUCGUCUUGACAGUGCCAACAAGACCGUCACCCUCGGUGGUCUUCGCUCCUACAUCUCGACCAUCCGCCGCUGCCGCAGAAUCAUCUUCAUUGCGUGCGGUACUAGUUAUCACUCAUGCAUGGCUGUCCGUGGUGUGUUUGAGGAGUUGGCUGAAAUCCCCAUCGCCGUCGAGUUGGCCUCCGACUUCCUUGACAGACAGGCUCCCGUCUUCCGUGAUGACACCUGCGUCUUCGUCUCCCAGUCUGGUGAGACCGCCGAUUCCCUUAUGGCUCUUCGCUACUGCUUGGAGCGCGGUGCCCUGACCGUUGGUAUCGUCAACGUUGUUGGUUCCUCCAUCUCCCUUCUCACUCACUGCGGUGUUCACGUCAACGCCGGCCCUGAGAUCGGCGUUGCAUCUACCAAGGCCUACACUUCUCAGUUCAUCGCCAUGGUCAUGUUUGCGCUCUCCCUUAGCGAGGACCGUGCUUCCAAGCAGAAGCGUCGUGAAGAGAUCAUGGAGGGUCUUGCUAAGAUCCCCGAGCAAAUCAAGGACAUCCUUACCCAGGACCAGUCUAUUAAGGAGCUCUGCUCCAAGACCUUCCAAAACCAGAAGAGUCUGUUGCUGCUCGGCCGUGGUAGUCAGUUCUCCACUGCCCUUGAGGGUGCCUUGAAGAUCAAGGAAAUUUCUUAUCUUCACUGCGAGGCUGUCAUGUCUGGUGAGCUGAAGCACGGUGUUUUGGCCCUCGUCGACGAGAACCUGCCCAUCAUUAUGAUUCUCACUCGCGAUAACCUGUUCAAGAAGUCGCUCAACGCCUACCAGCAAGUUAUUGCUCGUAGCGGUAAGCCCAUCGUCAUCUGCAACCCUGCCGAUGAGGAGUUCAAGUCCAGCGAGGCUGAGAAGAUCGAGAUCCCCAAGACCGUCGACGUCCUGCAGGGUAUUCUGAACGUCGUUCCCCUGCAGCUGAUCGCCUACUGGCUUGCUGUCAUGGAGGGCCUGAACGUUGACUUCCCUCGUAACCUGGCCAAGUCCGUCACCGUCGAGUAA